AUGUUCGCAGCUCUUACACUUCUCGCCACCGCUGCGGCGCACAUCAACCCGCCGAAUAUGACGGGCAACACCACACACGACGUUGCCCUCUUCAAGCGGGGCACGGUCAAUGCGCUCGUCGGCACUCCUGGUUUUGGGCUGUACCUUGGCCUUGACACCAAGGCCGAGUUGUCCUGGGUCACAGAGCGGUAUGGGCUCAUCAACAGCUCAAGCUUCGAGCCCCUGGACGGCACCUUCGAAGGUUACUACUAUGGCCGAUCUAUCUCGGGCACGCGCGGACGAGAGGUGAUCCGCUUCGGCCAGGCGACUUACUCUAACGAGAUGGGCUUCACCGACCUCGCACCCUCUGCUGUGGGCGGAGUCGACGGCGCUCUGGCCCUAGGCGGUAGCGCCACCUCGUUCUUUGGGCAGGCAUCGGCAUCGUGGCCCGAGAAGAUCAUCGGCGUGCGCAUCCCCACCAACAACCAGAACCCGGGUGUGCUCAACCUCGGAUACACCAACGCCGACCAGUAUGUGGGGGACCUCGGCUGGCUGCCUGUCAUUGGAGGCGAGGGAUGGCGCGCCUCGUUUGACGGCAUUAGGGCGAGCGGUAACCGCACCGCUUCCCACCCAGGGCGCAACUUUGCGGUGUGGGACUCGAACGAGGAGACGAGUGCUGCGCCAUACGACGUUGUGACCGCUAUCUACGGGAAUAAUCCCCGCAUCAACAAGAUCACAGUUAUCUGGAUGAUGCCGUGCGACGUCAUCGAGGGCACGACUGUGCGAAUGCGCCUCGGCGGGAGGCAGACGCUGCUCUCGCGAGCGGCACUACUGCGCCGCGACCCUACUGAUCCCGGCCAAUGCAUAGCCAAUUUCGCAGUUAGCGAAGACGAUAACGUCCACCUCGGGCGCACGUUCAUGCGCACGUGGUACACGGCGUUCUCGGAAACCGAGGACGGGCGACGCAUCGGACUCGCGCGUCCUAUCUUUCUACCCGGUGUGACGAUGAACUCGAUCAGUAUCAACGAGGACUUCUAG